AUAAACACCACACGUUUUUCCUUUGAGGAUGAUCCAUUUAUAUUUCCAGAACAAGCAUUUCAAGUAUACUACUCGAAGUGCUUGAGGCAUUCGGGGUGGAGUGUUGUAUGUCGAUGGAGGCCCAGGGAUACUUACGACGUCCCACAAUUCAUAGAUUCGGAGGUCGUAGAGAUCAAUGAUGACGAAGAAUUUGAGCAGGGAGAGGUUGUAUGUCAAGAUAAAUCUCCUGAAUCUGAUAAAAUUUCAUGGGUUAGGAAUGAUUUGAAUAGUGAAAUACUUGUAGAUAUUCCUGAAGCAGAGAGAGAGGGUCCGGUAUAAUAGGUGUCAGGUAAAACAAGAGUGUUUUGAGGUAUGGAAAAAUACUCCCGAAGCAGAGAGAGAGGCUCUCUGGACUACUCAGGCAUUUUCUUGGAUUGAUAGAGACUCAUGGGCUAAUUUGUGCGCUUAUUAUGAUUCAGAGGACAAGAAGGACGAGGCAAGACGUAAAGCGCAGAAUCAGACGUCGAAUUUGCAUGGUCGACCAACCUAUACAGGUGGCUCGAGGAACAUGUCUCGGGCUAUGGAUCGAUUGAAAAGUCAAAUCAUUGAGGAUGGUGGCACACCUACAAUGUUGAAGCUAUAUUUGGGUACCCACUCGUCAUCAGUAGAUAAGAUUACUGGAGAGUAUACAUACCCGGACAACAGCACUAAGGAGUAUUGCAAUCGAGUCAUCCAGGAGGCAACCUUAUCAGGGGUCGAUUCAGCCACAGAGGACGAUGCACUUUGUUUCACCCAGAUAUUAGAUUCCAUGCACGGAGAGCAUCACGGUGGUUAUGAAAAAGCCACGGGCAUUGGUGCCACUCGGACUUACUUGAGGGUGUCCUCCAUACCAAAAAUUGGCACUUCUAAUCAGGAGCUAUGUCGCGAGGUGGCUGAUCUUAGAGCUCGGGUAGCUGAGAUGGAUAGUCUCAGGGAGCAGCUUAGGGAGGAGCUUAGGGAGGAGUUUAGGUCUCAGAUGCAGUUGAUUACUAACAAUAUGGUUACUUCUCAGGUCGCUCGUCCUGCUCCCACUCGUAGUGAUCCACCAGCUUUUACUCGUCCGGCUUCAAUUCCUCAGCCCGCUACCGAUAUACCACAUUCUGCUCGUCCUGCUUCAACCGUUAACACUUCUACUUCCAGUGCUCAAGGUCUGUAACAUGAGAAUAUUGCUAGGAUAUUUGCAGACUUAAGACGUUCGGGCUUGUCCCAAGAGGAUAUUCUUCGAGGAAUUUCUUCUGUUCCUUGACUGGAUGGAUCAGGCCGCUCCUAUCUUAUAUUUUGAUGUAUGAGACAUUUUGGAUAUUAGAGACAAAUAUAUAACAUUGAAUGCUUUUCAUUGUGAGA